AUGUUGGCCUUGACAUCUCCGAUCAACAACAUACCUUCGACCUAUACCUCGGGACUUGCUCCCGGGAUUCGAUUUGCUCUUGAUCUUACCGACGGCAAUAUAAGCAUGUCUGAACUUGGUGAUUUUCAAUUUUCGAAGCCGGGGGAAACCGCUUCAUCGAGACCACUGGUCGACGGGUCUUCGUCCAGAUACACUCCAUGGUCAACGUCCACGUACGACCCUUUCGCGGGAGACACGAACGCGCGCAUGUCUCCUGGCCCAGCGGAAAGACUGCGACAGAGGUUGCCACCUGAGAUACACGGCGCAACCCGUUCCACGGGCCCAUCUGCUGUGGGUGACCCGUUUCGACCUCUCUCUUUGGGAUCACAAUCGUCUGCUUUCAUGCCCGAUUCAAGUUCUUUCCAACUCGCUGCACAGCCACCGAGGUCGAAUCCAGAAGACAUGGCCUUGCGACGACGAAGUCAGGACAGCUACAGUUUCCAAACCGGAUCCCCAACCAGUCAAGGCUACGGUGAUUUCGAAUUCGAAACACAGAAUCGCCGUGGCGGGGACGUAGGCAGGGCGACUAGAUACCACACACGCAGGCGACCCUUUAACCAAGACGAAUUUGAUGGCCCAUCACAGUUACUGCCUCUGCCAGUGCCUCAACAAGAGCAUGCCCGUUCCCAGGCCCUUCCCACCCUCCCUGUCCACCUGAGCAUUGAGGAGCAGGACGAAAUCACCAUGCGGGUCAAUGACAUUUUGUCUCGGUGCGCCUUCCACUUUGUGGCAAAGUACCAGUUUCCUAUUCCCCUUGAACGUGACAAACCUCGAGUUCGGACGCCCGCCGAUAGAGAGUGGACGGAGUGGGCUUAUCUGCUGAAGAGGCUCGCUACCAAGAGAAGAAUACCUGCUCGAGUGCUCUACGACAAUCAGAUCAAACAGUUUGUCACGACGUUGGAAAACUCCAUUGCAGUCAGACAGAACAACAAAGACCAACAGCCAAGAACUCCAAAGGACGACCGAUACAUGUUGCAACUUGUUAGUGCAGGCACGCAAGUUGCGAAGAUUUUAAUGGAUUCCUUGUCUAUGGAACAGCUUGAUGCUCUCUACAGGCAGACUGAGAGCGUAAUCCUAGAGAGGAGAGCAACAUUUGGAGGCUUUGGCUUCCAAUAG